AUGCCUUGGCGACACUCCCUCUUUUUGCUCACUUUUGCAAUGGCAUGCUCGGACUGCACUGCUGUCACAGUUGAGGCUGAGAGAGACCAGCUGCAGGUGCAAGUGGCACGACUAGAGCAACAGCAAAAACAACAAACCCGCAUGACCAGCAGCACGCGAGGCCUGCAACGCACGCUUCUGACCCCGCCCUCUCGCGCUGCCCUGUCACACAACAGCCUCUUCACGCAAGAUGCAGACGGCACACGCGUUCUGAGCGCCUCCGUGGCCAUGCACGACCCCCAGACCCUGCUCCGUCGCAAUCAACAGCUGAUGAAUGAAAACUUGCAAUUACGCGACGAGGUGGUUCGUCUACGCGAGGAAAAUAAGGACCUGCUGCUCUUUGCCAAGGUAUGCCCGCGGCUUCAUUCAUGGGUGGUCGGCAGGUUGGGCCGACUAUGCCUUGCCUUGCUUUUGCUCUGCGCGUUGAUGAUCCUUCUUGUUUGCAAACCUCAAUGA